CAACCUCAGACCAGUCCACCAUGGCCUCCAAUCCCACCUGUGAGGCACUCGUGCUGCACGGCGCCAAAGAUCUCCGCAUGGAAUCGCGCGCAGUCUCCCCCCCAUCCCCCGAUGAAGUCCAAAUCGCCAUCCGCGCCACCGGCCUCUGCGGCUCCGACCUCCACUACUACAACCACGGCCGCAACGGCGACUUCGUCGUGCGCCAGCCCUACUGCCUCGGCCACGAGUCCUCCGGCGAAGUAACCGCCACCGGCACCAACGUGAGCACCCUCCAAGUCGGCGACCGCGUCGCUCUAGAAGUCGGCCUCCCCUGCACCAAGUGCCCGCUCUGCCUCCAAGGCCGCUACAACAUCUGCCCGGACAUGAGGUUCCGCUCCAGCGCCAAAACCUACCCCCACCUUGACGGCACCCUCAUGGAGCGCACCAACCACCCAGCCACCCUGUGCCACCGUCUCCCAGAGAACGUCUCCUUCGCCGGCGGGGCCCUCGCCGAGCCCCUCGCUGUCGUCCUGCACGCCAUCCGCCGCUCGCGCCCGCCCGCCCGCGCAGACGUCGAUCUCGCAGCCGCCCACGGCGCCGGCACCGCAGCGCUCGUCUUCGGCGCCGGAGCCAUCGGCCUCCUCCUCGCCGCCGCGCUCUCCCUCACAGAGAACUUCUCCUCGAUCGUCAUAGCAGACAUCGACCCCGCGCGGCUAGCCAUCGCAGACUCCCUCUCCCUCCCCACCCUCCACACCUUCCUGAUCCCCAAACCCAGCACCCAACCAUCAGAAUCGGUCUCCAAAGAAGACGCAGCCCUCCAGUCCGCGCAGUCCCUCGCCACCCAGCUAAAGAGCUCCAUCCCCGACGUCGCAGCCGGCUUCGCGAGAGUCUACGACUGCACGGGCGUCCCCGCCUGCAUCCAGACGGGCAUCUACGCCGCCGCGCCGGGGUCCGUCCUCGUGCAGAUCGGCAUGGGUCAUCCAGUCCAGACUGUCCCGCUGGGGGCGGCGGCGCUGCGUGAGGUGGAUCUCAUUGGUGUGUUUAGGUAUGAUGGUGCUGCUUAUCCGGCUGCGAUUGCGCUGUUGGGUGGGGGGAGGUUCAGUGUCGUGGAGGAAAAGGUUGUUACGCAUCGGGUGGCUUUGCGGGAUGGGAAGGAGGCGUUUGAGUUGGCGGGGAGGGGGGUGGAUGGAGAGGGGAGGACGGUUGUUAAGGUUGUUAUUGAGAGUUGA